AAAUGAGCGUGCUAAACUUUGCGCAAGAGUUUUCACAUCUAAUCAAUCGUUACACAAGAACUUCUUCACCGCAUAACGAUGCAACGAAUGCCAUCACGCCUUUAACCGAAGAACAAAUAGUGUCUACUAUAUAUAAUGUGCUUUUGGUACUCAUAAAUAAGGACAAAAAUUAUCUGUUAUCAAUAUUUAAUAACGCAAGCGUUGCUACCAUUCCAGAAACUUCGGUCGUACAGAUUAAAUACGAACCGAACGUUGAGGAUAUUUUUAUAUUUAGAUUUCAAGAUGUUCGAUCUGUUACUAGUGAAGAGUCUUCUUUUUGUGAUAUCUCACUAAAAGAUAUUAAAAAAGAGCAAGAGAAUCCUUUCAAUACAUUGCAAAACGAUAAGAAGUUUAUUUCACGAUCGAAUCCUGCGAUUUACGUUAACAACAUUAGCAGAUCUGAUACUUUUGUUCGUGAGGUACACCUGAAGGAAACUAACGACGAGGACGUUUUUAAAGAUCGGACAGGUGAUCUUACAGAUACUGAAAUAGAUUUACCAAGUGAUCUUUUUUAUGAAUCAUUGAAGGAAAUACGAAAGUCUGUUAUGAACAUUAUGACAAAACUGAAUCAUUUAGAACAAUCAUUUUCACAAUUGACAAAAUCACCAAAGGAAGUUACGAUAAAAGCUCAAAAAUCAUUUUUAGUUAAUAACAGUUCCAAUGGCAUUUCAAUUAAGAUUGGAACAUCGGUUGACAAUCGACCAAGUACUGCUUCCUCUAAAACACCAAACUCGUCUAAACAGCACACAACAGAUAAUAAAAGUAGUUUCGAGAGACGUAAAAGUACUGGCGCAAUUGGAAAUGCUACACCUGUUAGAAAAUCUGGCGAAUCUAUAAAAGUAUGCAACUCAAUAUCAAGUGUAGAUUUAUCACCGUAUAAACCAGUGAGAUCAUCCGAUUAUCGACCUAAGUUUACGAAAAAUCCGAAGUACGCCCAUAUACAAAGUACAAUACCAAAAGCAAUCAGUCAAAAGAAAAAGCAGUAA